GCUGCAUCUUCUACCCCUGGCAAAAAGCUGUGGAUCUCUUGUGAUCAGGCGCAGUUGGUAGCAAACCUGAUCAGGCUUGUUGGAGCAAAAAAGGUAAUUGAGAUAGGAGUUUCUGCUGGGUACAAUACUUUAAGCAUGGCGCUAGUCCUACCAGAAGAUGGCAGAAUUGUUGCCUGCGAGGUCAAUGAAGAUAUGGCCAGUAUCGGAAAGCCAGUGUGGAAAGAGGCUGGAGUUCUACGUAAGAUCGAUCUAAGGAUAAAACCAGCCAUUGAAACGUUAGAGGAACUUCUAGCCAAUGGUGAAGCUGGAACAUUCGACUUGGCUUUCAUCCAUGCUGACAAAGAGAGCUACAACGAUUACUACGAAAAAUGUUUACGGCUCAUUAAAAAAGGGAAGAUACUAGUGCUUGACAACGUUUUCGUAUCGGGGAAAGUACUUAAACCAGGCAAAAAUGAUCGCGCAGCCCAGCAUGUUCAUCAGCUAAAUGAAAAAAUCUUCCACGAUCCCCGUGUGAACAUAAGUAUGAUCCUGAUUGGAAACGGGAUAACUUUAGGGUUUAAGCUAUAGUUAAGGAGGGAGAAGGAAGGAAGGUAGGAGGUGCUUGAGCACUCUCAGUCCUCAGGGAUAAUAAUUUAGAGACGUGAAAUGGUCUGUUUCAUCCUUAUUUCCUUAAAUGUGUUUAGGGUUGCAUUGUGUAUUACACAAUUUU